AUUGGAUUUUAUUUUUUAAAAAUACAUUGAUUCUAGACUCUAGAUAUAGAUCUAAAAAUCUAGUCUAGAUUUAGACUAUUACCCUUUGGUUGAAAAUAGAUCUAGCUUACUUGGACACUAACACUCAACAGGAACAGGUCUAGAGAAGAUCCUGUGUGUUCACACUGUGUACUACUACUACUCACAUGUACUGUACUGUUGUUUUCAUUGAAAAUUUGAAAACGUAAUAUUUUUAUAAUGAUAUGAGCUUACCACCUUGUGGUUUAAUUAUGGAUAAGCUUUUAGGAUUCAUGCGAAGAAAUCUGGUGCUUUUGACAUGUGGUAGUAUAUUUGUUACAGCACACUAUUUGUGGUAUCAAAUACAGUACGAUACUAACUUCAUACCAACAAACUUACAGAAAGAAAAUAUAAAAUUUGGACCUAUGAACAUUCCUCUAAAGUCUGGACCUACCAAUUUAAAGGAAGAACCCCAGAAGAAAGAUUAAAUCCUUAUAGUAGGAAGUUCUAUUAAAAUGGAUAAUACAAAAAAGACAAUGCUUAGUAGUUUGUCAAGGUGGACCCACAAUAACAAACUUUUGUCAUUUUUGGUAAUAUUAAGUGGUGCUAGCUUGAUAGGUUUGUUGUUACCAAAAGACGUUACUCCUACUGCAAACGAACGUGCCAAAUGGCGAACUGAGAAAUUGAGUGUAAACUCUAAAUAAUCUAAUUUUUUUGGUAUAAGUGGUUUGGAGUAAAAACAUUUCUUUCGAAUUAAUUGUUAUAUAUUUGCUUUCAUCAGUGGUGUCAACUUAAGUUUUUGAAAGGUUUUUAAAAUUUCCUAAUAAUGAUUGCAAUAAAACUGUAUUCUAAUUUCUAAUGAUACUUGAUUUUAUUGUGAAUAAAAUUUGUGAUUCAGCAAUUUCAAUUUGCUAUGUUUUUUUAAUUAUUUUCCUAUCCUCAUCCUCGAAAUAAAUUUUUGGUUCAAAGUUUUUAGUGAUAAUGUCUCGUUUGGAACAGUCUAAGAGUUCGGAUGUGGUUGCAUAUAAUGCUGGUUCACCCACAUCUUUGAAAUCUUUCUCAGACUUUUUAAAGCUACUCAGUUCAUGUGUUGGUCCAGGUGGUAAAAUACACAUGUUGCGUAACAAAUGUGGUGGUAGUGUAACCUUCACAUCUUCUAGUGGCAGGAUCCUGUCAGGCAUGUCCUUAUCCCGACCAGAAUUAAAACUUGUUGAAACAGCAGUCCAAGCACAUGUAAAACAACAUGGUGACUGCGGACUUUUCAUGGCUUAUAUGUGUCUUCAUUUAGUUUACACUUCUAACUCUCUGCAUUUUAAUCGCCACUCACUUGUUAAUUUGUUUGAAUUAUUUGUGAAGGAUAUAUUAGAUUAUUUGAAUGGUGCUGGGUGUCAGCUUUGUGUGAAAGCAGAUUUCUCUGACUUGAAAGUUUUAUUGGCUUAUGUGAGAAGCAUCAUAACAUCAAAAGCCCUUCUAAGAUCAGCUGAUCAUGUUUCUGAUACACUUAGUCAAUUAAUUUUACAAGCCUUUGUUGAAUCCAUUCCUGAUUUGCCAGAUGAAAACAAAGUAAGAUUUUCAGAUGGGAUUAAUGUUCUUUGCUUUGAAAAUAGACAUUUGAAAGAGAGUAGAUUGGAGAAAGGUUUACUGUUAGAAUACCCUGAGUUUUCUGCACUUCAUGGUGUCAAAGAAGUCAAACUCAAAACAGUUUCACUUGGGAUAGAAGGUGACUUUGUCAUUCAAGUGGCUCUAUUUAUAUGUUCUUUGUCUGGUGAUGCUGAAGAAGUGACAGAUGCUACUUUUGAAAUAUACAGCAAUGCAGUUGAGAAAGUGGAUAAGUCUGUGGUGCUAAAGAUUGCUGAAAUGGUGAACAGGCUAGAGAAUCUGAAUGUUGGCUUGGUUCUGUGUCAGAAAGUCAUUCACCCGAACCUGAAAGGAAUCCUGAAAGCUAAGGAUAUUAUGUACGUUGAAAGGAUAGGAUCACAAAUGAUACCUUAUCUCCAGGAUCUUACUGGUGCAAAACAGAUUUGUUCUGUGGUUCUUACACAAGAUUUAAGUGACAAGUUAGGUUGGGUGAGGUCUGUGGAUCAUGUGGUUGAAAGCAGUAAAAGCUAUCUCCGUCUGUCAAAGCCUUCAUCGCCUGUUGUCACGCUAAUUAUGUGUGAUCUCUGGGAAUCCAGAUUGUCAGAAAUGAAGGUCUGUAUAAAAACUGUAUUUCAUGGGCUACAUUCUCUGUGUAAGGAACCAAAACUUCUACCUGGAGGAGGCUGUUGGCAAACUCAUUGCUCUUAUUUUCUCAGGGGACAGGUUUUAGGGAAAAUGGAUCAUCUGGUGAAGGAAAGACACUACUCUGAGUCACAGGUCCUGUCAGCUUUACAAACAUUUAGAUCAAGUUUCCACCAUUGGGCCACUUCCCUGGGUGGUGGAUCACUGAAUGUGGUCGUUGACCCAACAUCUUUUCACUGCUGGAGGCUAGAUAAUUCUAAAUUAGCUUUUUGUUGUUGUGGGAUGAAAUCCAGCCCCCGUGAAUGUCUAGAAACUUUUGAUUUCAUCUACCCUUUUGAGCAACCAUCUAGUGUUGCUAGCCACACUAGAAGCACAGUGAGUGUGGUUGAUAACCCUGCACAUCCACAUCUGGUUCUUGACAGUUUUGUGGCAGCUACACAAGCUCUGCAGAAAGGUAUUUUUUCCGCUAAUUUGCUCUUAUCGCUGGGUCAGUUUGUUGUGAAUAAAAAUUAAACUUGGUGAUAGGAAGCUUUUCAAAAAAAACUUUUAUGCUUAUUUCUAUUUCAUUAAAUAAAUAAAAAAUGACUUGUCUGUAAUACAUUUUUUUUCAAAGUAUAAGCUAGUCUGCUCAACCUCAAAUUAAAUUAAUAUUUAAAAAAAAGGAAAUUUCCCUUUUCGAAACUCAUGGUCCAUGGGGCAAGUGAAGAAGAGUUCACCUGUUUCUGUGACCGUGGCAUAUGAAGGGAUUGUGUGAUCAACAUUAUGCCCAGCUGCCUUUACUUUUUUAACGUAAGUUAGGUACCCAUUAGGGUAGGGUGGACACAGGGACGUUCUUCUUACUUGAAGUUAUUGAACCAGCUUUUGAACUCGAGACUUAAUACAAUAGCCCAAUGAAAUAAAUUAUGCUGAAAAAAGUUUUUGAAUAAUGGCUAACAGAGGUGCAGUUGAUCAGAUGACCUAUGUUUACUCAAAAUGAAUUUUCUUUGAUAUAUAAAUGGAAAUCUUUUUAAAAUAUCAAAUUUUUUAAAAAGGCAUCCAGAAAUUGUUAAUAAUAAAUAGCAUUGUUGCAAGGUAAAUAUUUUUUAAUUAAAAAUUUGAAAAAGUUUAUUUAGAAUUAUUGUUAUUUGAAUGACUAACAAGGUGAUCUUUCAAUUUUCUCUU